UGUGGUGUAAGGUUCUUAGAUAAACACUAAGUAGACAAGUAGUAAGGUUUGUAUUAAUAUAACAUUUCGCAAUACUGUAAAACAUUUGGACAUUUUUCAUCUAACUCUACGAAUUAUAUUCAUCUCAACUUAAAAUAAUGAGGAUAAACAAUGCGUUGACGAGAUCAUGUUUGGUUAACCAUCAGUUCCGCAGAUACGUGGCUACAACUGAAAAACCAAAAGACAUUACAUCAAAUGUUAAAGGUCUGAGUUCCAAGGUUAUCAUUGCUAACCCACCACCAGAACGUGUAAAGAAAGCCGCAGAAAACGGUCCCUACAAGAAUCCACAAUAUUUCAGUUACCACAAAAAUUCAUAUUUUGAUGCUGAGAUUGAAAUGCACAAAUACAGAUUACCACAACCUUCAAGUUUAAAAUAGAAAAUAUUGACCAUGGUUUUGUAUAGAAUAUUGUUAAGAUAUGUACCAAUGAUAACCUUCCCAAUAGCUUUUGUAGCUGGUAUUAUUGGUUACAAUGUAGAACGUACAAUAUCUAAUGUAGAAACACCAUCUAUACCCAGUAUUUUGGAAGAAAAACUUAAAA